CGUGAUUUCACAUGUACAAACUAGAAAGAUAGAAAACACCUCUUUCUCUUUCUCUUUCUCAUUCUUAACGAUAAAUAUUAACUACCUCUCUCUGUUUCUCUUUGUCUUGUGUUUUUCUUCCUUUGCUUUGCAUUUGCAUUUGCAUUUCUUACACGACAUCACGUGACGACACCACAUAGCACAAUCUUAACUUUAUAACUAUUUAGCAUCCCAAAGCUUUUGAAGAUUCCGGAGAAAAAGCACAGAUACUGUUUGAGAGGUUAUUGUUGUCUUUGAGAGCUGGCUCGAUUCUGCUUUACAAGGUUCGUCUUUUCUGCACCAAUUCUCGCCGCAAUUUGCGUGUGCCUGUGCCUGCUUUAGAAUCACCUGGAGGAGGCAUUAGAGCUUGUUUGGAGAGGAAGAUAUUGUGGAUACACAGAACUCUGGCCAACUCUCUAGAGAUAUCUUCACAAACCGGAAUAGGCUUUGGUCUUCUUCUUUCCGGUUUUCUGAUUUUCUCAGAGAGAGUGUUUUCUCUUGUCCAGCGCCUUCCCAUUGAUUAUGGCUAAAAUUUGGUUCAAUGUGAUUGCUGCUGAUUGCUGAACUGCUACUGUGUUUGUUUUUAUUGUUGUACUCCCACUUUUCACUGCAAUUGAUUGUGAAAGGAAGAAAAUUGUUGCACAGAGAAGAUAAAGUUGAAGGGAUUUGGAACAAGCCUUAUCUUUUGGUGGCAACCAUGGCUAUGUGCUUCUCUCUUUUGACUGUAAGGAAGGAGAAAUACAAGGGGAGUGGAAGGUCUUCAAAGGAGAACUUUAGUACUCUACUUGCCAAACUACAAUCUUCAAAAAUUGCAUCAGUACCAACCACUUUUGAUGCCACAGUAUCCGAUGGUAUUCCCAGAAAUUCAAGUUUCAAUUCGGGGGUUAUGAGUCCUGAUACUUGUGUGGAGGCUGAAGUACAUGAGGCUUAUGAAGGGGAAGAUGAGGAUGAAGAUUCACCGAAGAUCAAGAGAGAAAUCUCUGAUUUUCAUCUCCAACAUCAUGAAGCUGUUGCAGACAAAGGAUAUGGUGCAACUGAUAAAGAAAUAGAGUAUCCUACUUUGUAUGAAAAUCAAGUCACCGAAGAAUUUGAUGACAGAACCGAUAAAUACAGCCAAAAGAGCGUUGAAACAACCGAAAGUGGACACGUCAGUGAUCCUGGGAUUGCCAAAGCUGAUUCGUGGACUUCUCCAAAGUUCAAGAGACACUUUUCUAACCUUGAAAAGUUUGAUGAGCAUGGUAAGAAAACUCAUUAUAUGUCAGCUUUAAAGUCAAAGUCUUUUGAGAAUUUUAAGGAAUUAUCAGCAAUGGUUAAUCUUGAAAGCCCUUGGUCAGAGAAGAGUCACUACAGUGCUGAUAGAGUAGUGCUGAAAAGGCAUUCUUCAAGUCAGUUACUUCCUUCUGGAAGGAAAAACCUGUGGUGGAAAAUGAUCCUGCGGAGCCACAGGAACAUACACAGAACUUUCUCUGGGAAUUCAACAUUAGUUCCUGCCACGGCUGCAUUAAAUAGUGGGUACUCUACAGACACCCUUGAACAACCAAAACAAGGAAAGACAUUGAGGCCUGUGAAAUCCUCUGGUUCAAUUACUGCAGAAUCGUUUAACAAAAGAAGAACUGGUAAAGGUAUAGAUAAUAAAAGGGGGAGCAGGUUUCAAAGGGACCAAUGGCUUGCUUUCUCCAAAGAAUCGUCCUCUUUUGCCAGAGUGGAUGCAUGGGUGAAAGGUCUUGAAAUUCAGCAACUACUUCCUGAGGAUGAUUUUGAUGUUGACAAUGAUAAAAGCAUAACCUUCCCACCUUCUCCCGAUACUGGUCGAACAAUGAUGAGAGCUACAUCUCAGUUGACUUAUGCAGAUGCCAAUGUUUCAAAACAGACUUUAACUGCCAUUAGUGUAGUCCAGUCUCUAAAUCCAGCUUCAUCUAUUGCUCACAUAUCUGGUAUUGGUGUAAAAUCCAUCCCUGCUAUUUCACACUUAUCCAAUCUCCGCUCUAUCAACCUCUCAAACAAUUUCAUAGCUCACAUCUCACCAGGAUUUCUACCAAAGGGUAUUCAAACACUUAACUUGUCAAGAAACAAGAUCAACACUCUUGACGGUCUCAGAGAAUUGACCAAGUUGCGGGUAAUUGACCUGAGUUACAACCGCAUCUCGAGAAUUGGACAAGGUUUGUCAAGUUGCACACUUGUCAAAGAACUGUAUCUUGUGGGAAACAAGAUAAGUGAUGCUGAAGGGCUACACAGGCUAUUGAAGCUAACAGUUCUAGAUUUGAGCUUCAACAAGAUCACAACAACAAAAGCAUUAGGCCAGCUUGUGGCUAACUACAACUCACUUAAGGCUCUUAAUCUGCUAGGAAAUCCAAUUGAAAGAAACAUCAGCCAUGGCCAGCUGAGUAAAGCAGUCUCUGGUCUUCUUCCAAAGUUGGUGUACCUGAACAAGCAACCCCUCAAGGCUCAUAGAACACGCGAAAUAUUGAGUGACAGUGUUGCCAGAGCUGCCCUUGGGAACAGCACGAUAAGCUGUGACAAAAGAUCAAUAAGAAGACUUAGUCAUGGUGGAUCAAGUCUUUCCAAAGGGUAUAGAAGAAGUGCAAGUGCUUCUCACAAAAGCACGAAUCGAACAAGGAGGUGAAAAACAGUGUUUAGUGCAUGUAAAAGGAACACCUCAAUGGAACAUGUUUCAUAUGGUUCUUUGGUUCUUUUCUUUGCAAUGUUACACUAGAGGAAAAUGUGUUAUAGGUGUUGCUGUCUCUUCAAGCCCAAAGGACUCUAGCAUGAGGGAGUGUGUCAGACUUAUAUUUGAAAGCCAUUAUUUGCUUUCAUCCUACAGACUGAACUUUUGCAAUGUUUUUUUAUUGUAACAUUGUCAAGUUUUGAAGUAAUGGAGUCUUCCUUGUCCCAA